GACGGGCCGGGUGGAGGCCUGGCCUGCGAGUCCCGGCCCGGUUCGGCUCCGCGGUCCGAGCGGUCGGGGCGGCGCGGUGGCGCCUGGGCACUGGAGUCCCGCCAUGGCGGCGAGCUGGGCACUGGCGUGCGGCCGGCUCCGGCGCGGCCCGGGGGCGCGGCUGGCCGCGCGCUUCUGCAGCGGGGCGCCGGGGCCGCGGCCCACCCGCGCGCGGCAGCGGGACGGCGUCAGGAGCAUCGUCCUGAGCAACCCGCAGCGGCGGAACGCGCUGUCCCUGGCCAUGCUGAGGUCCCUCCGCGAUGACCUCCUCCACGAGGCCGACAGCCCGCAGCUCAAGGUCAUCGUCAUCUCAGCCGAGGGGCCCGUCUUCUCUUCGGGGCAUGACCUGAGGGAGCUGACGGGGGAGCAGGGCCACGACGUCCAUGCCGACGUGUUCCGGACGUGUGCCGAGGUCAUGAUGCUGAUCCAGCGCCACCCAGUCCCCGUCAUCGCCAUGGUGAACGGCCUGGCCACCGCGGCCGGCUGCCAGCUGGUGGCCAGCUGCGACAUCGCCGUGGCCAGCGACAAGUCCUCCUUCGCCACCCCGGGGGUGAACAUCGGGCUCUUCUGCUCCACCCCCGGCGUGGCCCUGGCCAGGGCCGUGCCCAAGAAGGUGGCCAUGGAGAUGCUGCUCACAGGGGAGCCCAUCUCGGCCCAGGAGGCCCUGCGCCACGGGCUGCUGAGCAAGGUGGUGCCCGAGGGGCAGCUGGAGGCCGAGACGGCGCGGAUUGCUGGCAGGAUCGCGGCCCUCAGCCGGCCCGUGCUGGCGCUGGGCAAAGCCACCUUCCACCGGCAGCUGCCGCAGGACCUGCCCACGGCCUACCACCUGGCCUGCCAGGCCAUGGUGGACAACCUGGGCCUACAGGACGGCCAGGAGGGCAUCACCGCUUUCCUGCAGAAGAGGAAGCCCCACUGGUCCCACUGACCGCCCGCCCGGGGCCAGAGGAAGCGCUGGCCAGCGGGGGAGGGUCGCCAGCUCAGCAGGAGGGGCUGCCCUGGCCCCAGCACUGGGCAAAUUAAAACCUAGAGCUGACCCUGAUUCGCCCACGCGGGCCCCAGCAGCCUCGACCCACAGGCCCAGCCACACCCUGGGGACAGGGCCCCACCAGGAAGGGUCGGAGGGCGCCGUGCUGCCUGCGUCCCCCCCGUCCGCUCCCGGGCCGGCAGGCAGCGGGCUCUGCUCCUUCCUGCGGCUCUCUCCGUUCCUGCCGGCCACUUCACGCCUGGCCUGCCGGGUCAGACUGGCCGGUGACCCUGAGCCCAGGGCAGCUAACGGGCCACAGCAGGACCUGGGCUGCGCCAGGGUGGGUCCCAGGGCACGGGAAGCAGGGGCCCCUGUCCCCGCACCACAGCACCGUCUGUGCCUUUCUGCCCGACUCCCAUUCCGCUGGGAUCUGCAAGCCGCUGCAAAAGCAGAGCCAAGUGCCUUCCCCGAAGCUCACGCCGGUGGCCGACGGAGCUGUGAGUCUGGGCCGUCCCGGGGCACCCGCCCACCGUGGCCUCCUGCCGCCGCCCUGCCCGCUGCUCUGUUUCCCCUCCCAUGCUUGGAGCUGGUGCCUUCCCUGAUAGAAUGGGGCGGGGUGUUCACGGAGAGCUUGGCAGGGAGAAGAGCAACAGGGCCGGGAAAGUGGGGGCCUGGCUGCAGCCCUCCCGCCCACCACCCAGAGCAUCCACCGGGCACAGCUGGGCCUUCUCGCCGGCCCUCAGGCAGGUUGACGUUCAUUAGAAAUAGCGCUUCUGGGCUGGAGCGAUAGCACAGCGGGGAGGGCGUUUGCCUUGCACACGGCCGACCUGGGCUCGAUUCCCAGCAUCCCAUAGGGUCCCCUGAGCACUGCCAGGAGUAAUUCCUGAGUGCAGAGCCAGGAGUAACCCCUGUGUAUCGCCAGGUGUGACCCCAAGAGUUAAAAAAAAAAGAAAUAGCACUUCAUUUGUGAUUUUUGUUCCUUGGCAAUCAUUAGGUUCUACAUGAUUGACGAUGUUUGACUGUCAAUAAAAGAUCAUAUUUCCAAUUUGCAA